CCCCCCCCCCUUUUUUCCUACUUCGCGUGAGUCUCCUCCUCAAGCCGCCAAGAUGUGGGAGAAAUUAGUGAGAGAUAUGAAGAUUAAUCUCUUCUCGGCAGAUCUCAUGCCUCUCAAAUUCCUCUUCUUUAUGCUGUUUGCAGCCAACACGACGCUGUACCCGUACCUGGCUGUCCACCUGCAAUCCCUGGGCUUCGGCGCGGACAAGGCGGCCGUGGUGUUCGCCAUCAUCCCGCUCGUGUCCAUCAUGGGGCCUCCUGUAGCAGGCGCUGUGGCUGACAAGAUCGGCAACUUCAAGCUGUUCUUCUCCGUGAUGGUGGCCGUGUCAGGCCUACUGUCACUGUUCCUGCUGGUGAUCCCCGCAGUGCCAGUGCCUCCGGGCCUCUCGCUCACCCUGCUCACGGACCAUCUCGAGCCUGAGUACCAAGACGUCAACAAACUCGCCGAGGUGUUGCCCAAGGAAGAGUCGGGCAAGACGGUUGACGCGGAGUACCUGCAGUUCAUCGUCAUCACCAACCAGUCCGGCUGCGACAUCUAUGACGAGUAUCAGACGACUAUGGAUGGCAUUAACAAGAUCAACAUCGGGUCAGCGGAGCCCAAGGCCACCGCCAAUCUGACCCUGAUCCAGAAGACGAGCAACUUCUCCCUGAUGGCCGUCACCACCCACCACCCUCUGUACUGCCCGACGGGCGUGCCCCUCCGCCCGCUCUCCAAGGGGGCCGAGGCGCUCCUGCCGGAGAUCCUGAUGGACUACAACACCUCGGCGCUCGACAUGAAGAACGGCAACCUGUCGACGGACGAGGACGCUUGGUGGCGGAGCGGUUGCGACGUCAAGGUGCCCGGCCUGUGUGAGCCGCACCACGCUGACAUCAUCGGCGCCGAGGCCCUCUCCUUCUGGACAUACCUCUUCGCCAGGACCUUCCUCAACGGCGCCGUCAACGCCGCCUUCACGCUCUUCGAGGGCGCCACGCUGUCGCUACUCAAGAGGCACGAGGGAGACUACGGUCUGCAGAGGUUGUGGGGUUACAUGGGAAGCAUGGUAUUCACGCCUUUCUCGGGCUGGCUCAUCGAUACCAUGAGUUACGGAAGCAGCACCCCGGAUUUCAGACCCGCUUUCUACCUGUUCGUGGGUCUGCAAGGUCUGGCCGGCCUCGUAGCCCUCUCGGUAGACCUCAAGUUCAAACCUCCGAGCGACCAAGUCAUCAAGAACAUCUGGAGGUUCUUGCAUAAUGUGGAAGUCAUCAUGCUGUUCGUCGCGAUGGGGCUGUCUGGUGCGUUCUUCGGUUUCCUGGAAGCCUUCCUGUUCUGGUUCCUGGGGGAUCUGGGCGCCUCUCGCUCCCUGAUGGGUCUCACCGUAACCGUGGGCGCCGCCGCUGCCAUCCCGCUGCUGAUCGUCAUGACGCCCAUCGUCAGGAAGUUCGGGCACAUCUGCGUCAUCGCUAUGGGGUUCCUGGGCUACGCUAUUCGCUUUGCAGGUUACGCCUCCAUCUACAACCCGGUCAGCGCCCUCUACUUCGAAGCUCUGGAGGGCGUGACGAUGGGCCUCAUGCUGUCGGCGGGAAUGACCUACGCCUCUGAGCUGUCCACCACCAAGACCGUCGUGUCUCUCCAGGCGCUCUCGGGCACGCUGCACUACGGCGUCGGAAAAGGCGCAGGCAGUCUCGUCGGCGGGUACAUGUACCAUCACCUUGGAGCUCGCAAGACCUUCCGCCUCAUGACCGUCGCUAGCUUGCUGAGCGCUAUUAUCUUCUUCAUCUUCCACAUCUUCAUCAACCACCGCAACAAACUCCGCAAACUGAACAACGAGGACGUGAUGCUGAUCGACGACGAGGAGAUGGAGAUAAUUAAGCUCAAGGAAACGGACAAGAGCGUGCGCAAGGUGAAGCGCAGAGAGAACGGGAAGACGAAGAAGGGUCUGUCAGAAAACGGAAUCUACGAGUACAAGUUAAGGGUGGCUAAGCUAGACGCCGAGACCCAGACGGACGACGUGGUGAUCCUUGAUGCCGCACCCGCCGAGAUUGUCGUUGAGCCUGUGACACCCGUGGAACCCACUGCACCUGCCGAGCUUGCAACCCCCGAGCCAUCCUUCGACGAGCCGAUAGCCGACGAACCGUCCUAUGUCGAACCAGCUUCAGAGGAACCGAAGCCUGUCAAGCCUUACCUUGGUGACGAGGAGGAAUGCUAACCGAGACUACUGCAGCUCAUUCACUCUGAUCUAAUCAGAUAUGUUUACCUAACUAAUUGCUUUUUAUGAUGGUUGCAUUAUAUAAAUCCAUAGAAAUUAACUUUUCUGUCGUUAGACAGUUUAAUAAAUGUGUAUAGCUUAA